UUUUCUGCACUCUUGUAAGCAAGUACCUGACGCAAUGGCUCGUACCAAGCAGACUGCCCGUAAAUCCACUGGAGGAAAGGCUCCCAGGAAACAACUGGCUACCAAAGCCGCUCGUAAGAGUGCGCCAGCCACUGGAGGAGUUAAGAAGCCCCAUCGCUACAGGCCGGGAACUGUCGCUCUUCGCGAGAUUCGUCGUUACCAGAAGAGCACAGAACUUCUCAUCCGUAAACUCCCGUUCCAGCGACUCGUCCGUGAGAUCGCCCAGGACUUCAAGACUGACUUGAGGUUCCAGAGCUCUGCUGUUAUGGCUCUUCAGGAGGCCAGCGAGGCUUACCUCGUCGGUCUCUUCGAGGACACCAACCUCUGCGCUAUCCACGCCAAGAGGGUCACCAUCAUGCCCAAGGACAUCCAGCUGGCUCGUCGCAUUCGUGGAGAGAGAGCUUAAGCUCAGACCUAGUCUCAAUCUAAACAAUCGGCCCUUCUCAG